AACCCAUCAUUUACUCUCUUCGUCUUAAAAUUUUUGUUACAUCUCGUAAAAUCAAAUAAAAGAUUUGGUUUUUCUCAAUUUGUUUUAUUUGAAAAUUAGUAUAGAAAUAAAAAAUAAUAUUUAUACAUUUAAAAAUUAUAUCAAAUUUUUUAAAAAUAUGAUAUGACAAAGUAUUUUAUUUUAUCAAAUAAUCAAUAAAAAAAAAUAACAAACAAAAAUUCAUGUGAUUUUUAAAUAGUGAAGCUUAACAUUUCUUUUUGAAUUGAGGGAGUAUCCAUUGGUUUUUUUUUGACCUAAGAUAUUUCCCUUCCAAAAUCCAGGGUAGUGGGUACUGCAGGGAAGUGAGCAAAGCAACGCCAGUGGAUCGGCUGCGAGAUGCGGUGGUACGUCGUCGCUUCUCUUCUCACCGUUCUCACCAGCUCCCAGGGAAUCUUGACGACGUUAUCUCAGAGCAAUGGGGGUUAUGAAUAUGACUAUGCCACUGUUCCUUUUCUUGCUGAAGUCUUCAAGCUUCUUGUAUCUUGUAUCCUUCUGUCUAGAGAGAUGAAAAGCUCACCUACUCCACAAAUGACCACGGAUUGGAAGAGCGUCCGCCUGUACCUAAUUCCAUCUAUCAUUUACCUCAUUCACAAUAAUGUUCAGUUCGCUACUCUUAGAUAUGUGGAUACAUCAACUUAUCAGAUAAUGGGCAACUUGAAGAUUGUCACCACUGGAAUAUUGUUCAGUGGAUGGCGAUCGUAUUAUUGGCUGUUGGAACAACCACGAGCCAGGUAAAAGGCUGUGGAGAGGCUUCUUGUGAGUCACUGUUUUCAUCACCUGUCGAGGGAUAUAUGUUUGGGAUUUUGUCUGCUUUUCUCUCAGCCUUAGCUGGGGUGUACACUGAAUUCUUGAUGAAAAAGAACAGUGACAGCUUGUACUGGCAGAAUAUCCAACUAUAUGCAUUUGGCUCAAUAUUUAACAUUGGACGUCUUCUACUCGAUGAUUUCAAAAGUGGGUUUGAGAGAGGGCCAUGGUGGCAACGCCUUCUGCAUGGAUACAGUAUUACAACAUGGUUGGUGGUUUUGAAUCUGGGAACAACUGGGCUUUUGGUGUCAUGGUUAAUGAAGUAUGCCAACAAUAUCGUUAAGGUAUACUCCACAUCUAUGGCAAUGCUUUUAACAAUGUCAUUAUCGGUGGUCUUAUUCAAUUUCAAGCCAACUGUUCAGCUAUUUUUGGGCAUUGUUAUCUGCAUGAUGUCACUACACAUGUACUUUGCUCCCCCAAACAAGCUGGUGGAUUUGCCUUUGACAACAAAACCUGCCCCAGAGAGCUUACCCGAAAGAACAGUUUCGUGAUGUAUAUGUACGAGUAAAAUGUAGAGAAAGUAUCAAAAUGGGAGUUCCAUAUUUGCAUUUCCAAAAUAGAAGUUACAGUGCCAAGAAUGUCAACAUAUAAUACCAAAAAAUACUGUAGAAUGCCAAUAUACAGUGCUACAUUAUCACAGUGCAAACUUCUAUUUUGAGAAUAAAAUCAUAUGGAGCUUUUAUUUUGGUACUUUCUUUAGGUCUUACUCUUAGUCCAUGAUUUCUUAUACAUAUAUAUUGGUUUGGACUGAUGUCUUCAUUUGUAUUUGCACGAAGCAUUUCAUCCCCGUUCUCAGCUUAACCACAGGAAUAGAGAUGGGUGCAUAUCUUCACUCAGUAUACCGACAAUAGGGACGAAGUUGAUCUUUCUCAUGGUUUCAGAUCUGAUUUUCAAAUGUGUACAAGCCAUCCACAGAUUGUAGUUGUGUUUACUAUACGUUAGAAGGGGCAUUUGGAAAUGUCAAAUUCUAGGAUAUGUUCCUUUUUGUGAAGCCCUUGAUUUUGAUAUGAAAGUCUUCCGAAUUUUAUACUACACAUUG